AUGGAUGUUGACGAGUCCGCGGGUUGUGCGCAGCGGGUUGUGCGCAGCGCGCUGGCGCAGCGGUCGGCCGAGGGGCAGCUGGGCGAGGCGAAGCGCGAGGACGACGCGUCCUCCUCCUCCACCUACUCCUCGUCCGAGGACUUCUACCUCGAGUCCAUGGAGGAGACCACGCUCGUCAAGGACCGAUUCUUCGAGGAGGCUGACGACGAGGGGCUGCACGACUCGUCCUUCGACCUGGAUUACUCGGCGGUGACGACGCGCCAUCGCAACACCAUCGUCGACCUGGCCAUGGAGACCCGUGAGUAG